CCUGUCGGCUCCGCUCUGCAGCGCUCCUCGCCUUGGUCACCGCGCUACGGGCCCGUAAUGGCGGCAGCUGCGUAGCGGUUCCUGGGUCUCGCUCAAUCCCACAGGCCGCCGCUGCUCCGCGCGCUUGGGGCAGCCAUGGGCCGAGAGUCCAGGCAUUAUCGGAAGCGCUCCACAUCACGUGGACGAUCUGGUAGCCGUUCUAGAAGUCGAUCUCCAUCUGACAAAAGAGCAAAACGUGGAGAAGACAGACGAUCUAGAAGUAGAGAUCGAGAACGCAGGCGUGAGAGGUCACGCAGCAGGGAGAAGAGGAGAUCUCGGUCACGGGACAGAAAGCGCUUGAGACGUUCAAGAAGCAGAGAGAGGGAACGGAGCAGAGAGAGGAGGAGGUCACGCAGUCGAGAGAGAAGGAGGUCCAGAAGCAGAAGUAGACGGUCACGCUCCUCCAGUCCUGCCAAGAAUAAGAAAACAGAAAACAGCUCAAAGUCUAAAGAAAAGACAGAAGGUGUGGAAGUUUCCAAAGAAAAGAAAAAAGAGAAAGAAGACAAAGAAGAAGAAAAGGACAAAGAUGUUAGUAACUUUGAUCAGAACAAACUAGAGGAGGAAAUGAGAAAACGAAAAGAGAGAGUGGAGAAAUGGAGGGAAGAACAGCGCAAGAAGGCUAUGGAAAACAUAGGAGAACUGAAAAAAGAAAUUGAAGAGAUGAAACAAGGAAAAAAAUGGAGCUUAGAAGAUGAUGAUGAUGACGAAGAGGAGACUGCAGAAGGGGAAAAGGAAGAGGAGGAGAUUGAAGAUGAAGAAUUAGAUCCACUGGAUGCUUAUAUGGAAGAAGUUAAAGAAGAGGUCAAGAAGUUUAAUAUGAGAAGUGUGAAAGGUGGAGGUGGGAGUGAAAAGAAAUCUGGACCAACUGUUACCAAAGUAGUAACUGUGGUGACAACCAAAAAAGCAGCUGUGGAAUCAGAAAAGAAGAAAGGGGAGCUUAUGGAGAAUGACCAAGAUGCAAUGGAGUACUCAUCAGAAGAGGAGGAAGUUGAUCUUCAGACUGCCCUGACAGGUUAUCAGACCAAACAGAGGAAGCUGUUGGAACCAGUGGAUCAUGGAAAGAUAGAAUAUGAGCCCUUUAGGAAAAACUUCUAUGUUGAAGUUCCAGAGCUGGCUAAAAUGACCUUAGAGGAGGUGAAUGUAUACAGGCUGGAAAUGGAGGGAAUAAUAGUAAAGGGGAAAGGCUGCCCCAAACCAAUCAAAACCUGGGUACAGUGUGGUAUUUCCAUGAAGAUUCUCAGUUCCCUCAAGAAACAUGGCUAUGAAAAACCCACUCCAAUCCAAGCUCAGGCUAUCCCAGCAAUUAUGAGUGGGCGUGACUUGAUUGGUAUUGCUAAAACAGGAAGUGGAAAGACUAUUGCAUUCCUGUUGCCUAUGUUCAGACACAUCAUGGAUCAGAGAUCGUUAGAAGAAGGAGAAGGUCCAAUAGCUGUCAUCAUGACCCCAACCCGAGAGUUGGCUUUACAAAUUACCAAGGAAUGUAAGAAGUUCUCAAAGACACUUGGGUUUAGAGUUGUCUGUGUCUAUGGAGGAACAGGAAUAAGUGAACAGAUUGCUGAACUAAAAAGAGGUGCUGAAAUUAUUGUUUGCACACCUGGACGUAUGAUUGACAUGUUAGCCGCUAACAAUGGUCGGGUGACAAACCUUCGGAGAGUUACAUAUGUUGUACUGGAUGAAGCAGACAGAAUGUUUGACAUGGGUUUUGAACCACAGGUCAUGCGCAUUGUAGACAACAUCAGACCUGAUCGUCAGACAGUCAUGUUCUCUGCCACCUUCCCCAGAGCUAUGGAGGCAUUAGCUCGUCGAAUUCUGAAUAAGCCGAUUGAGGUGCAAGUUGGAGGCAGGAGUGUUGUUUGUUCUGAUGUGGAACAGGAGGUGAUUGUGAUAGAAGAAGAGAGCAAGUUCCUAAAGUUACUUGAACUGCUUGGGCAUUAUCAGGAGAAAGGAUCUGUCAUCAUAUUUGUUGAUAAACAGGAACAUGCUGAUGGAUUGUUGAAAGAUUUAAUGAGAGCCUCUUAUCCCUGCAUGUCACUUCAUGGAGGUAUUGAUCAAUAUGACAGAGACAGCAUAAUUAAUGAUUUUAAGAAUGGAGUAUGCAAACUUCUUGUGGCCACAUCUGUAGCAGCACGAGGCCUGGAUGUAAAGCAACUAAUGUUGGUAGUCAAUUACAGCUGUCCCAACCAUUAUGAAGAUUAUGUGCACAGAGCAGGCCGAACUGGACGAGCUGGCAACAAAGGGUAUGCCUUCACCUUCAUUACUGAAGAUCAAGCACGGUAUGCUGGUGAUAUAAUUAAGGCUUUGGAAUUGUCAGGAAAACCAAUUCCCGCUGAGCUGGAGAAGCUCUGGAGUGACUUCAAAGAUCAACAGAAGGCUGAGGGGAAAAUUAUUAAAAAGAGCAGUGGAUUCUCUGGCAAAGGAUUCAAGUUUGAUGAAACAGAACAGGCCUUGGCUAAUGAGCGAAAGAAACUACAAAAAGCUGCUCUUGGCCUUCAGGAUUCAGAUGAUGAAGAUACUGCUCUUGAUAUUGAUGAACAAAUUGAGAGCAUGUUCAAUUCAAAAAAGAGAGUAAAAGACAUGGCAGCACCAGGAACAUCUAAUGUGCCUACACCAACAGCUGGUAAUGCAGAAAAACUGGAAAUUGCCAAAAGACUAGCUUUAAGAAUUAAUGCUCAGAAGAAUCUUGGAGCAGAGGCACAAGUAUUGGUCCCUUUUCACUUUAAGGAUGUGAUGCAGCAGGCUACAAAUGCAAUCUUGAGAGGAGGCACAAUUCAGGCUCCUACUGUAUCUGCCAAAACUAUUGCAGAGCAACUGGCUGAAAAGAUAAAUGCCAAGCUCAAUUAUGUACCCAUAGAAAAACAAGAGGAAGAAAAACAGGAGGGAGGACAGAAUGAAUCGUUUAAGAGAUAUGAGGAGGAAUUAGAGAUCAAUGAUUUCCCACAGACUGCUAGAUGGAAGGUUACCUCCAAGGAAGCUCUGCAGAGAAUCAGUGAAUAUUCAGAAGCUGCCAUUACUAUCAGAGGAACAUAUUUCCCUCCAGGCAAAGAGCCUAAGGAAGGAGAACGAAAAAUUUACUUGGCUAUAGAGAGUGCCAAUGAACUCGCUGUGCAGAAAGCAAAAGCGGAAAUCACUAGACUUAUAAAAGAAGAACUUAUCAGAUUGCAAAAUUCAUACCAGCCAACCAACAAAGGAAGAUACAAAGUUCUGUAAAUAAUUGGCGUAACCUGUCUGCCAGUGGCUGGAGUCUGACAUUUCGAAGCUUCUAUUGUCUUUGGUGUUCCCACUGUUUAUAGUAAAUUAAGAUAUUUUUAUUUUUUUCCUUUGGUAACAUUUUUAACACAAAAUUGGUAUUUGCUGAGAUCUCAUUCUCUUCACUAAGGUUAGCAGUCUUAAAGCAGAUUAGUUUUGUCAGGCCAUGAUUUAAUUGAAAUGUAUAAUUUAUAUAGUUUUCACUGUAAAACUACUGAAUAAAACAGAUUUUAAUUGUCCUGACAUUCUAGUUUAGUGUAAAUUAAAUGAUUUCAGCUUUGCGUUGGAAUUUAAGGUGUACUUAUAGCCUCACGUUUUACGGGUAGUCCACACCUGUGCAAUUUAUUGUGGAGUAGUAAAACAGACCAACAUGAGGGCAUAUUACUCCAUAGCAUCUCUGUGGCUUAUUCCAUAUGCAUUCUCUCUCUGCAAAACCUGGGCCAUUGAUAACAGUGAGAGUCCUGUGCUGAUCAAAGUGGAGAAUUGUGUCUUAGCACAAUUAAAAUUUGGCUUUAUGAAUAUUUUCCCCAUCUUUUAUUUUUUUUCUUUCUAUUUGUUUUUUACUUCCUAUUUGUUUAUUAUUUGAGGAAUAGAAUAGUUAAACCUUUGCAUUUCCUAUCUCAGUCUAAAAGAGAAAUUACUUCUGCAAUGAAAUAUGAAGUUUGACAUAUUUGUAUAGUGUUAUGUAUACAUUUAAUGUGUUUCUUCCAGGACUAUUGUCUUUAUACUAUUAGAGAAUGGCUUUAGACAAAAAAUUAGAUUUGUAAGUCAACUCCACAAACAUUGACCAUUAUUGCAGCGGUGGAAUGUGAUAGCUUCCUGAUAGUCCAUUGUUUUUAACCCACUUCUCUCUCAUCCUCAGAAGCCUUUAGCAUUUCACAUUGUUAUUAUCAAGAUUUUUUUUAAUCCCUUGUCUUUUCUGUAACCAAGCAGUCUGAAUUAUUGAAUCAUUCUAGCAGCUGAAAAAGCUUUCAAGAAAGUGAAAAUUACAAAGUUUUUGUAGAAAGCUUUCCUUACCUGACAUCAUGGAAAAAAUGUAAUUUUAAAACAGCUAUGUGUAUGUACUGCUUUAACCCUAGUGAAGAACAAAUCAAAUGCUUGCAUCAUCAUGGUUAUAAAUUCAUUUUUUCAAAAAAUCACUUAUUUUUACAUCCACACCAGUUUUGAGAUACUGAUAAACCUGUCCGCUAUUUUGAGAUCAAUUUACCUUAUUUUUGAUGUAGAAAAAGGGAAUACCAGCCAUAUCCACUAAGUUCUAUACAUUUAUUCUGCUAGGAACAACUGUAAUAUAAUACUUACAAAGGAUUAAAAAAAAAACCCUUAAUGGAGCUAAAAGAAGCACAUAUAGGAAAAUUUUCUCAAAGUUCAAACAAAAUCUCAGAUAUUUGCAAAAUCAGAUUUCCUUCAAGUGUUUCUGGCUUCCUUUAGUUAGGAUUAUUUAUUAUGUAAGAUGUUUCACAGUUUGUGCUGACUUGUCUAACUUUUUGACAGUGCUGUAAAUUGCCAUGCCCCCCAGAGUUGUGGUGGGUUUUGAUAUGUUUGGUGUAGAGCACUUUCUGGUUCAGGCAUUCUGACUUUUUUUUUUUAAAUGUCUUUAGUUUGAAAUUUUCAUGUUGAUAUCUACUGAGCAAAGCUCUGGUGGAGAUACUUAAUGUGAUUUCCAGCUCAAUGAUGUUGGAUUUUCAGUGAGACUGGACAGUGUACAAUCUUCCAAGGUUUUUUAAAUGCAAUGUCAAUAUUCAUAUUUUUUUUAAUUCCUCUAAAAAAUAAAAAUAAUUUCAAUGUGU